UCCAAUUUUUUUUCAUCCAAACAAUGCGAACUUGGAUGGAUUGGAGGAAGAACACUGCAGCGCUAGCAGCAGCAGAUACUUCGCCUGCAUCUUUCGUUUGCUAACCUCCCUGCUCCCGGCCAACGCAGGCGGGCGGCGGGCCAAUGUCUCGUCCGUGCAGAUGUACCUCUCCUCCCCUCUAUGUUGUUCCGCCGGCGGUGUUCCGAUUGCCAUUCCCGCCGUGCCGCUGCUUACUGACACCUCACUUCUCCACCACACCCCAAAAAAGAACUAUUACAAUAUUUAUCCUCUAAUCCUAUCUUUAAAAAAAGAAGGUAAAGCGGAAGGGCAUUCCCAGCCUCCAUCUCUCACUAGCCCUCAUAUCCCAGCAGCCAGGCAUCGGGCAAUAGAAAGGUGUUUGAUCUUCUCCUCGAAUCGAUGUCGACUGCAGAUUCGGAUCAGAAAUCAUCCGCCGCGUCUGCUGGCACUGGCGGCGGUUGCACGCAGCAGCAGCUGAGGAAAUCGCUCACGAUUUCUGGGGACAGACAGACCGCUCCAUCAUCUACUUCGACGGCGGCGUUUCAGGGCCCGCCUUUCCCCGCCUUCCGGCGGACGAGUAGCGGCCCGCUUCCGCCGCCGGCGGCCGGCCCAGUGCGACGUUUGGCAGUUGCAGUCGACGAUCCAUCGGACGUGCCGGUUUUUCAAGGGCCGCUCUUCUCGGCUGUGCGGCGGGUCAGCAGCGGACCGCUCCCACCACCGCCAGCUGGCCCGGCGCGGCGACUGAUGGUUGCGGUCGACGACCCUUCGUAUGCGCCGGCUAACGGUGGGGUUCUUGAUCGUGAUUGGUUCUAUCCGUCGUUCCUCGGGCCGUACCCUUCCCGUCCGCGCGCCUCGGCAAGGGCCCGGCCGAAGCCGGACCCAACGAAGGCAGAGCUUUUGUCACAGCCGCAGUUGCCAGUGACUGGCCGGAGUCUAGAAGCUGAUAAGCAGAUCUCAAAGCCCGAGCAUGCGACAAACGGUAAGGAUGCGUCGAAGCUGUUGCCGGAUAAGGAGAAGAAGAAGAAGUUAGUUACGGUUCCUCCUUGUUCCUCAGCUGUGGUUGCGAGAGGAGCUCAUCGAGCAAGCAAUUCUUUUUUACUCUUAACGCUAGUUAUGGCUUCAGUAAUUUUCUCUUCAGUAGCAGUUCAUCAGCGAAUAAGAGUUAUAAAACUUGAGGAAGAAGUUGUUAAGAUUAGUACGGCCUGUAAUGGAGUCGAGGGAUGGGCAGGCGACCAAACUUUGCAAUCUGAGGAUAGGCUUUCUAAUUCUUAUUUGGGUAAAACUGAUAGUAGGACAGUUGCUUUAUACACGGCGAUGUUAUCAUUAUUGUUGCCAUUUUUUCUGUUCAGAUGCCUUGAGUACAUACCUAGCUUAAGCUCUUAUUUGAAGGGCUCGAAGAAUAAUGAGGAGGAAGUUCCUUUAAGGAAGAGGAUAGCAUAUAGGGUAGAUGUGUUCUUCUCUAUGUACCCAUAUGCUAAGCUUCUGGCACUGCUUUUUGCUACUAUACUUCUCAUUGGAUUUGGUGGAUUGGCACUGUAUGCAGUGAGUGAUAGCAGCCUCUCUGAGGCUCUUUGGCUUUCUUGGACUUUUGUUGCGGAUUCUGGUAACCAUGCUGAAAUGGUUGGCUUGGGGCCGAGAGUAGUCUCGGUAUCGAUCAGCUCAGGCGGCAUGUUGAUAUUUGCCAUGAUGCUCGGGCUCGUGUCUGAUGCAAUUUCAGAGAAGGUUGAUUCUUGGAGGAAGGGAAAGAGUGAAGUCAUUGAGAAAAAUCACAUUCUAAUCCUUGGAUGGAGUGACAAAUUGGGGUCUCUCCUUAAACAGCUAGCAAUUGCAAAUAUGAGUAUUGGUGGUGGAAUAAUAGUAGUUCUUGCAGAGAGAGACAAGGAAGAAAUGGAGAUGGACAUAGCAAAACUAGAAUUUGACUUCAUGGGAACAUCUGUCAUAUGCAGGAGCGGAAGUCCUUUAAUUCUAGCCGACUUGAAAAAGGUUUCAGUUUCCAAGGCACGUGCUAUUAUUGUUUUGGCAUCAGAUGAAAAUGCAGAUCAGAGUGAUGCACGGGCUCUACGAGUUGUUCUGAGCCUUACUGGUGUUAAAGAGGGCUUAAGGGGUCACGUUGUAGUAGAGAUGAGUGACCUGGAUAAUGAGCCUUUGGUGAAGCUUGUUGGAGGAGAACUUAUUGAAACAGUUGUUGCUCAUGAUGUGAUUGGACGCUUGAUGAUACUGUGUGCUCUCCAACCAGGCCUUGCACAGAUAUGGGAGGACAUUUUGGGGUUUGAGAAUGCUGAAUUUUACAUCAAAAGGUGGCCUCAAUUGGAUGGCAUGCGGUUUGAAGAUGUACUGAUUUCAUUCCCUGAUGCUGUUCCAUGCGGUGUUAAAGUUGCUGCAAAUGGUGGAAAGAUUGUCAUAAACCCUGAGGAUGAUUACGUUCUUAAAGAAGGCGAUGAAGUCCUUGUUAUUGCCGAGGACGAUGAUACUUAUACACCAGGUCCUUUACCAGAGGUGCAACCUGGUUUCUUGCCACAUGUAUUUAGUCCUCCCAAAUAUCCAGAAAAGAUAUUAUUCUGUGGUUGGCGACGUGACAUUGAUGAUAUGAUUAUGGUGUUGGAGGCAUUUCUUCCACCAGGCUCUGAAUUAUGGAUGUUCAAUGACGUUCCGAUAUUGGAAAGAAAGAGGAAGUUGACGGAUGGUGGGCUUGAUAUUUCAGGGCUCUCAAACAUUACAUUAGUUCAUAAAGAGGGAAAUGCUGUUAUCCGUAGACAUCUGGAAAGCCUGCCUUUGGAAACAUUUGACUCUAUUUUAAUUCUUGCAGAUGAGUCUGUUGAGGAUUCCGUUGUUCAUUCUGAUUCAAGGUCCCUUGCAACACUUCUUCUUAUUCGUGAUAUUCAGUCAAAACGCCUUCCCUCUAAAGAAGAAAAAUCAACUGCUCUACGGUAUUCUGGUUUUUCUCACAGCUCCUGGAUCCGGGAGAUGCAGCAAGCUUCUGACAAGUCAAUCAUUAUAAGUGAGAUUCUUGAUUCAAGGACUAGGAACCUUGUAUCUGUGUCUAGAAUCAGUGACUAUGUCCUGUCAAAUGAGCUUGUUAGCAUGGCACUGGCCAUGGUAGCUGAGGACAAGCAGAUUAAUCGGGUUCUCGAGGAGCUUUUUGCUGAAGAGGGAAAUGAGCUUUGUAUUCGUCCAGCAGAAUAUUAUCUAUAUGAGCAAGAAGAGCUCUGUUUCUACGAGAUUAUGGUCAGGGGUCGAGAGAGGCAGGAGAUAGUAAUUGGUUACCGUCUAGCCAAUGCAGACCGAGCAAUAAUAAAUCCUCCUGAGAAGAUGGAGCGGAGAAAAUGGUCCCUUGACGAUGUUUUUGUUGUUAUCUCGUUAGGUGAUUGA